AUGCGCGAGGAGGCUAUUGUCCCGUGCCGCGCGAGCGCACGAUCGCGGCUCGCUCUUCUUCGUCUCCGCUUGUUCCACUCGUGACGUCACCGGCGCAUCUCGACUGAUCCCGGCACGAACGAACGGGCAGAGGCGCUGAAGUCAUCGCCCAGCAGGGGCGGCGGUAACGGCGUUCGGCGGAGGCGUAGGUAGUAAUAUCAGCGGCGGCUUGCAGACUCGGCUGCGCGUGCGUCUUCACGGGCACGCACGCGUCCAUCGUGAAGAAUCCUGGAGCGUGGGAGCGACAGCGAGAGAGAGGAGAGAGAGAAGCGGAGAGGGAGCGAGACAGGGACGCAGGACCCCGCCCGCUUCUGUGUUAUCGCCGCUAGAGUGAUGACAAGGCGGGGAGCGAGGGAGACCUGCGAGAGAAAUACCGCAGGCCCGCAGCACUAAUUCCUGCAUCGCGGAGUUAAGUUUUUUUGUCUUGAACCGAGAGCCAAAGGAUAGUGAAAACAAGCGCAACGCCACCACCUUGUAAGAGAUUGGCGAGGAGAGCAACAACAGCUGCCGCAUAAUAAUUAGACCUCCAGGGUUAGACUGCGCAGGGAGGAGGGAAAAACCUUGUAGCGUUCAGCCGGAGCAGGAAAUCACUGGUUGGAAGUGGCCAUUAUGGAUUCUAUGUGUUCUACCACCUUGGAAAUUCCAGUGAAUCUUAAAAAGCCGAAUCAGCAAGAUUGUGCAUCAGUGUGAUUUACAGCUGUACCUGUCUGGGGGAAGACUUCAUAUUUUAUAUUACUCUUAGGCAAGAGGUGGAACUGCAUUUCCUCCGAGACCCCCCCCCCCCCACCCCUAAAAGCUUUUAUCCGCUUUACCUUCAUACCUAUUUCGCUGCUUAAAGGAAACCAUUAGCACUUUAGGUGACAAAAAAAAAUACACAAGUUUAAAACAUACAAAAAAGUGUUACAUAUUGAACGUAUACAUAAUUGCACUUCAAAUUGCGAAGAUGACUCGUUCAAUGUCAUCACUGAGCUGUGCAAUCGUGUUCAGUUUGUGCCUCUUCGUGACAACAAAUCUGUCCAUGGGGCUGGAGUUCACCGGUGAAGCCGAUCAGUCGACAAGGUAUUUGAGAUGGGACCAAAGUGGAAACGGAAACCUGAGUUUUCAGUUCAAAACCAACAAUUCCAAGGGCCUCCUGCUGUACGUGGACGACGCCGGCAUCUGCGACUAUCUCGAGGUCAUAGUCACAGGUGGCCAGGUCCAGCUACGAAUAAAAAUCCACUGUUCGCAGCCGCUCAUCCAUAGGGCAACGAAGCGCAUCGACGACAACAACUGGCACGCGCUGCUCAUCAGCAUACGCCUGAAGCACAUCACUCUCGCGGUGGACGACGAGAUCGUCUCGGGGGAGGUCGUGUCUAGGGGGCAGCAGCUAAGCGUCAGCAGCGACCUCUUCCUGGGAGGAAUCCCGACCGAGGAGCGGAUCCAGCAGCUCACCUCGAAGGAGGUGAAGGGCCUGCCGUCGUUCAAGGGAUACAUCUCCAAUCUCAAGUACGGCCACUCGACGCCGAUACUCAUUAGCAGCAAGGGAGUGCGGGCCGAAUGGCAUCAGGUGUGCAAGGAGCAGAACCCCUGCAAGAAUGGCGGCGUCUGCUCGGUGGAGAUCAAGGAGGUGGUCUGCGACUGUUCCAACACUGGCUUCCAGGGCCGCUAUUGUCACGAAGAUGUCAACUUUGAGGAAGGUAUCAUGCAUCUGAUGGUGGCCGAUCAAGCUCGCGAGGAGAGCAUGGCCACAUUUAAAGGCGCCGAAUACCUGUGCUAUGACCUGGCCAACAACCCCAUUCAGAGCAGCAGCGACGAGAUCACGCUGUCCUUCAAGACCUUGCAACGCAAUGGCCUCAUCCUGCACACCGGCAAGGCGGCCGACUAUGUGAAUCUAGCCCUCAAGGACGGCGCCGUCUCGCUCGUUAUAAACCUCGGCUCGGGCGCUUUCGAGGCCCUCGUUGAGCCCGUCACGGGAAAAUUCAACGACAACAACUGGCACGAUGUGAAAGUGACUCGGAACCUGCGUCAGCUGUCAAGCAUUGGACACGCUAUGGUCACCAUCUCAGUGGAUGGCAUCCUCACUUCAACGGGCUAUACUCAAGAGGACUACACUAUGCUGGGCUCUGAUGAUUUCUUCUAUGUGGGGGGCAGCCCCAACACUGCCGAUCUGCCAGGGUCACCCAUCAGUAACAACUUCAUGGGAUGUCUAAAAGAGGUGGUGUAUAAGAACAGUGACAUCAAGUUAGAACUCUCUCGGCUGGCAAAAGAGAGCGAACCCAAAAUGAAAGUGGUCGGAGAUGUUUCCUUCAACUGCGAGAACGUGGCAGCUAUGGACCCGAUCACAUUCGAAACACCAGAGGCCUACAUAUCCCUGCCACGCUGGAAGACCAAGCGCACAGGAUCCAUUUCCUUCGACUUCCGGACGACUGAGCCCAGUGGACUCAUCCUCUUUACCCAGGGCAAACCCAGCGAGAUUAAAGACCCCAAGGGCCUCAAAAGCAUCAAAGGGGACUUCUUUGCCGUCGAGCUUUUGGAUGGGCAUCUUUACCUCUUGCUAGACAUGGGUUCCGGUACCAUAAAGGUGAAGGCCACCGAUCAGAAGGUCAAUGAUGGCGAGUGGUACCACGUGGACUUCCAGCGAGAUGGAAGGGCAGGCACGAUCUCUGUGAACAGCCAGCGUAGCCCUUUCACCGCCAGCGGAGAGAGUGAGAUUCUGGACCUGGAUGGCGACAUGUACCUCGGGGGUCUGCCGGAGGACAAACUGGGCCUGCUACUCCCAACCGAGCUGUGGACGGCCUUGCUCAACCAAGGAUACGUGGGCUGCGUGCGCGACAUUUUCGUGGACGGGCAGAGUAAGGACAUCCGCCUGUUGGCCGAGCAGCAGAGCUCGGCGGGAGUGAAGCCCUACUGCGCCAAGGACUCGCCAAAGCAGUGCAGCUCGGCUCCGUGCCGCAACAACGGCGUGUGCCACGAAGGCUGGAACCGCUACGUGUGCGACUGUGCCGCCACGGGCUUCACCGGGCGAUCCUGCGAGAGAGACGCAACGGUGCUGAGCUACGACGGCUCCAUGUUCAUGAAGGUGGUGAUGCCGACGGUGAUGCACACGGAGGCCGAGGACGUGUCCCUGCGCUUCAUGUCGCUGCGCGCGUUCGGCCUGCUGCUGGCCACGACGUCGCGAGACUCUGCCGACACGAUGCGCCUGGAGCUCGACGCCGGGCGCGUCAAACUCACCGUCAACCUCGACUGUAUCAGGAUAAAGUGUAACACCAGCAAGGGACCGGAGACCCUCUACGUUGGCAAGAACCUCAACGAUAAUGAGUGGCACACAGUGCAUGUCACUCGCCGUGGGAAGAGCCUCAAACUAAUUGUGGAUGGGAUCGCGACGGAAGGUCAAAUGAUCGGGGAUCACACGCGGCUGGAGUUCCACAACAUCGAGACGGGCAUCAUGACAGAGCGGCGCUACACCUCCGUGGUGCCCUCCAACUUCAUCGGCCACCUGCAGAACGUGAACUUUAACCGCAUGGGAUACAUCGACCAAUGCAAGAAUGGCGACAUCGACUACUGCGAGCUGAAUGCUCGCUUUGGCAUGCGAAACAUCAUUGCUGACCCCAUCACUUUCAAGACCAAAGUCAGCUUCCUCACACUGCCCACUCUGCAAGCCUACACCACCAUGCACCUCUUCUUCCAGUUCAAGACCACGUCGCCCGAGGGCCUCAUACUCUUCAACAGCGGAGACGGCAGUGACUUCAUCGCGGUGGAGCUCGUGAAAGGGCACAUCCACUACGUGUUCGAUUUGGGGAAUGGGCAGAACCUCAUCAAGGACAGCUCGAAGAAAGUGCUCAACGACAACCAGUGGCACAACGUGAUCAUCGCCAGAGAGCUCAACAAUGUGCACACCUUGAAGGUGGACUCCAAGUCGAGCACCCUGAACGUGAAUGGAGCCAAGAAUCUGGACCUUAAAGGAGAGCUCUACAUCGGAGGGCUGUCCAAGAUAGAGUACAGCAACCUUCCCAAGCUGGUGGGCUCCCGUGAGGGAUUCCAGGGCUGCCUGGCAUCUCUGGACCUCAACGGCCGCCUCCCAGACAUGAUUGAUGAAGCCCUCUACCGCAUGGGCUCCAUCGAGCGUGGCUGUGAAGGUCCUAGCACCACCUGCCAAGAGGACUCGUGUGCUAAUCAGGGCCAGUGUGUGCAGCAGUGGGAUAGCUUCACCUGCGAUUGUACCAUGACAUCCUACAGUGGUGCCUUCUGCAAUGACCCUGGAACUACGUACAUCUUUGGCCGUGGCGGUGGCCUCAUCUCGUACACGUGGCCGCCCAACGACCGGCCGAGCACACGCGCGGACAGGCUCGCCGUGGGCUUCAGCACGCGGACCUGGGACGCAGUGCUCGUGAGGGUGGAUAGCGCCGCCACGCUCGGAGACUUCAUACAACUCCACAUCGAACAUGGCAAAAUCGGAGUCAAAUUUAAUGUCGGCACAGAUGACAUUGCCGUCGAAGAGGCAAAUUCGUUGGUGAAUGACGGCAAGUAUCACGUGGUGCGGUUCUCACGGAGCGGUGGAAAUGCCACGCUACAGCUCGACAACCUCCCAGUGAAUGAGCGCUUCCCUUCAGGAAACAUUGAUAAUGAACGCCUGGCGCUCGCUAGACAGCGAAUCCCGUAUCGACUCGGUCGAGUAGUUGAUGAUUGGCUACUCGACAAAGGCCGUCAACUUACAAUCUUCAACAGCCAGGCCACAAUCAAAAUUGGUGGCAAAGACAACAACAAGCCAUUCCAGGGCCAGCUGUCUGGAAUCUACUACAAUGGGCUCAAAGUGCUUCAGAUGACAGCUGAGAAUGACCCCAACAUCAGGACGGAGGGCAAUGUGCGGUUAGUGGGCGAGGUGCCCUCUGUUCUCACCACUGAGUCAACCGCCACGGCACUACCCACAGAGAUGUCAACAACCAUCAUGGAGACGACAACCACCAUGGCCACCACCACAACGCGCCGAGUACGCUCGCCCACCACCCGCGACUCCCUCAGCUCGAUCAGCGACGAUCUGUUGGUGGCCUCUGCUGAGUGUCCUACAGAUGAUGAGGACCUGGAAGAGUGCGAUCCCAGCCCAGGAGUCGAUCUAGUUUACCCAGUUAUAACAGAAGACCCAUUAGAAACACCUCCACUAGCCACCCACACACCAUUCAUCCCCCCUCCCCCUACCUACCGCCCCUACUACACCGUGCUGAGCACCACCAAAGAGUCGCUGGCUCUGUCCCCUGGGGCAGCACAGCCCUGCCUCUCGGAUCAGGAUGAUGAUGACUGUACGGACAGCACUCUUGUCUCGGGCUUUGGCUCGGGGGAAAACUUUGACUCUAGCCUCCCCCCUACAGACGACGAAGAUUUUGACCGUGCCAAGGGCUUUGAUGGCAGCCAGAGGGCACGUGACCCCAAGCUCGACGCUAAGGGCUUUAGGCCACCAAGUGUGGGACGCGGUCGGAACCCCUCUGCUUCCCCUGACCAUUCAGGCCCCGCCGCUACGCCCGAGAUGGCGGUGCACAACCUUCCUGCUGGCAAUAUGAAGCCCUACCCAGACGGCGUCUUGCUCCCGUUCCCAACGGGCUUUGACAGAGAGAACCCAAAGCUCAGGAAGGCCCUUGUAACCUCGCCAAUGUUCCGUAAUGUGCCCACAGCUAACCCCACUGACGCCGGGCUGGGCAGGGGUGCCCCCGGCGCUCGGGAGGUCAUCCGCGAGUCCAGCAGCACCACGGGGAUGGUGGUGGGCAUCAUCGCCGCCGCUGCGCUCUGCAUUCUUAUCCUGCUCUACGCCAUGUACAAAUAUCGCAACCGCGACGAGGGCUCCUACCAUGUCGACGAGAGCCGCAACUACAUCAGCAACUCGGCACAGACCAAUGGGGCAGUGGUCAAGGAGAAGCCGACGAACAGUUCCAAAGGCUCUGGCAAAAGCAAGAAGAACAAGGAGAAAGAGUAUUACGUCUAAAAGAAGAGAAAGAACAGCGGCAACAGAGAGGAUGCGAAACCAGAGACCGCUGGGACUCUUAUUUGGACUGCUGAUGGGAUGAUUUUUGCGGUGAUGAAAUAAAAGAAAAGUGAAUAAUGGAAAGGAAUUUUAAAAGUAUAUAAAUUAUACAGAAUUUGCAUCUUAAAAAAAAAAUAGAAGAUGGAACACGAGAGACUCGGGAUUGUAGGUUAUACUACUCAAGAGAGAGCAAAAAAGACUUUACUUUCCUCGACCAUUAUGCUUAUUUGUUAUUUUCUUCCUUUUGCAAAUGAACUGCCGUCAUGGACUUAUUGGUGUUCAAGAAACCAAGUGAACUUUGUCCAAAAAAAAACUGCAUAAUAUCCCUUUAAAGUCUGUGUGUUUAAUGCUUAAGCAUGUAACUGGUAUCUAAGGUGAUCAUUAAGGGGACAUUUGGUGUACAAAGACAUAAUGAUGAGAAACUGUAAAUGUUCUAGUGUUGUUUCUCAGUAAUGUUCCGUGCUGUUUGCAUUGCUGUGUAUACAAAUGUCAUUGUUGAAAGUUGCAAAUCCUCUAAAUAGAUUUCUAAGUUUAAAAGAAAAAAAAAUGGACAGCUUUAUUCUGGAGCAUUUUGCAGAACAAUUGCGUAUAACAUGUUGAAGUUAAGUGGGUGCAAAUGUUUCACAGAUGCUGUUAUGUUAGAUAGAAUUUGACAGACUGCAUAUUAGAUGUUUCUUAUAUUUCUGUUAAAGAUAAAUAUGGAUUAUAAAUGCUCAAUUGCAACCAAGCACACUGACAUAUCCAAUAAAUCAUUUGAACAUUUUAAUGCUCAAAAGAGGUUAUGAUGGAGAGAUUUGUAUUAUAUAUAGCAUAUAUAUCACAUUCCACAGAUACUUGUGAGAUACAUUUGACAAAUAAAAUCUAAUUACAUUUAAUGUACUUCUUCAAAAAAAGCACACUUUCCAUGAAAAAAUUACUAGUAUUAUUUAACUUGAUUGAAAAAUAUAAUCCAGUACAAAAACAGCACAAGAGGGAGAAAUAUAUAUAUAAUAAUUUACUUUAUUUUUUAUCGUUAAGAUUUAAGAUAACGGUUGUUUACGUACUUAAGUAGCCAGCACAAGCUAUUAAGAUUGCACCUCUCUUUAACAAGGUCAAAUCAAUGAAUAAAAAUAUUGUUCUUGUCGAAGCAAACUGACUUUAGUUUUGACGCAAAUCACAACUGUUUAAACACCACAUACAUAGUAAAUCCAGACUUGUCGCUGAAGUUCCUAUAUUGCAUAUGCACGCGCACACACAUUGCACAAAGUGCGCGGUCACAGACGCGACCAACAUGUUCAUUUUGUGAAUACGACAAAAAGUGUCAUUAAAAAAUAAAUCGGUCGCACAACAAGGCCUGAACAGCUACGUGAGAAGGAGACAUUUUAGGAUGUUGUGCGUCGUGUAAUUCUGGUAGAUCGCUGUCGUCUGAUAGACUUCUAUACCUCAUUUUGUCCAUUCCACGCUGACAAGUUGCAACGUUCACGGCUCAUUUUCUUGUGGCCAUACCUUUGUUCCUCCUGAAGGUGUUGGGCGAUCAGCAAAGCCUCAGCUCCUCUCAUGUGUUGACCUGCCAUGGUGGCUUCCAAAUGCUGUUUUCUGUAACACACUUUGAAUAUUUACUUAUACUUUUGUUUUAUACUCAUUUGCUCAUUGUUGAAACAUUCUUUUUUAUGUUUAGCAACUGCUUAGCAAUAAAAGGGUUGUUAAUCUA